GUUAAACCGAAAGUAAAGUGAAGCGAUGUUUUGGGGGAAACCCGACAGAUCUUUAACAGCAGAACGGAACACCUACUCUCAGAGGCAUCGUUUUAAUAAACAGAGCAACGAUGUCUGAGAUUUCGACCAUAUACAAGCUAUCUAUCGUCGCUUUUGCGUUGUUUUGUUCUGCUUCCGGUUCUGUGUGUCCGGUUCUGGAGUGCUGGUUUGUUCAGGAGAAGCCGGGUCAUGGAGGAGGUUUCUCAGCUCCUCUGAGUCAAGAGAAGUCUCUCCUGUUCAUCACAACUGAAGCCUUCAGUGAAGACAUCAUAUCUAAACUUCAGCCUCCUGCAGACAUCAGUCCAUCCAGGAUUUAUUAUGUGACUGACGCCGCUGGCUCGUUCUGCAGUGCUGCUCUGAAUCCUCCCAAAGGCUCUGUGAACAAACCCAAGUGUGAGGUUAACCCCUUCAUGCCUCACGCCUCUAUGGUCAGGUGGGCGUCGGCUCUCACUGACUCCGCCCAGAGCCCGGUCUAUCUGCAAGCCGAUUGGUUCUCGGUGGCAGCACAAGGCCUUGACCGACAGCUGACUCUGUCCAACAUCAUGAGAGCGCCUUCAGCUUCGAAAGAGCCGCGAGUGCUCCUCAGCGUCUCCAGUCAGACUCCGGCGGUCCGCUCUAGACUGGGAGAGCCGGUUCUGCUGGACUGCGGGUUCUGGGUGGAUCCGUCUUCUCCGCUUCACGGCUCUGGAUUCUCCAUCGAGUGGCGCUACCAGUUCAGAGGUGAAGGACGGCUGGUCCUCGCUCACGACGGCAAGAACGACCGCUUCGCGGAGACGUCAGAGACCGGAGCCGACCUGGACGUCCCAGGCCUCUACGAGACAGGAAACGCAUCGCUGGUUCUGGAGGAAGCUCAAGUGAGGCACUCGGGAACCUACAUCUGCUCGGUGUAUCUCCCUCACCUGCUGGCUCAGGUGGCCGUGGAGCUGGAGAUAGUGGAGCCUCCGUCUCUGGCCGUCUACCCGUCUCCUCUUCCUCUGCUGGUUCCUGGUCAGGUGCUGCCGGUUCAGUGCGAGGCGUCUGGGUUUGCUCCUCACUCUCUGGAGCUGAGCUGGGAGUUCAGGGCGGCGGACGGGACGUCCCGCUCUCUGGGUCAGGGCAGCGUGACGGGGCACAGGCAGGCGUCCGACGGCACCUUCAGUCAGAGCAGUCGCCUGGAGCUGGACUCGGGGAAGCUGGGGCUCGGUCGAGGAGGAGACGUCGUCUGCGUGUCCAAACACGAGGGAGAGACACGACGAGCUGCCGCCGCGCUCAGUGUCAUCGGGGUCAGCGCUCCUUCUAUCGAGGACUCGAUGGCGAUGGUCGCUGUAGCACUCGUUCUUUACGGCAUGAUAAAGUUUCUCUCCUGGACGUUCAGCUCGUCGGACUCCAGCGACGCAGAUUUAAAGGAUAAGAAGGAGAAGUAAAUCUGGAGCUGGAAGGAUUUUAAGGCUGAAGAAAGAGCAGUGAUCUUAUAAAGAAUAGUUCAGUUUCAGUCCUUGCUUAAAAACCUCAGGCUGCUGUACAUGUGCUCGGGUUGGUUUUUCUGUGCAAGUUUAUUUUAAUUUAAAGAUUUUUAAUGUCCCUUGCAGAAAACCGUGAUUUUGUCAUGUAAAAUGUUAACUGGUUGUAUUAUAAAUUCUUCAGGUUUUGAGCUUUGUUAAACAGAACGUGGUUGACGUAAACUAGGAUGUUACCUGCCUUUGUCUCUUCACCUCUAAAGAUGGAGAAAGGAGUCAGGAAGCAGAUUAUUCAUCUCUUACUUUGUGUUAUAAACAGAUGAAAUACAGAGGAUAUGUCACACAUCCGA